AUGAUGGAAGUGGGCUACGCGUCUCACCCGCCACCCGAGCCGGACUUUUGGAUUUACUUCGCUAGCUACCUGCGGAACGCCUGGGUCCAGUGGGCCAUCGUCUUCGUCCCGUUCAUUAUGUUUGCCCUUUACCUCAAGCUAACCAUGCCGACUGCGCCAACAGGUGAAAAGGAACACCACGAAGAAGAAGCAAAUUUUGGAGAACCCAGAGGAGACAUAAGGAGAAGGAAUCAAUAG